AUGACCUCUACAGCUUGGUUAGUUCUGACUGCUUUCUGGUUCCACUUGUCUGAUGCUAACUGUCCUCCAGGGUGCCUGUGUACCUCGGACAUUGUAAACUGUGGUUCUGUGGGUAUGGAGAGAUUUCCUUCUAUAUUACCCCCCACCACUUCCAUCCUGGACCUCAGCCAUAAUAGGCUCAAAUGGCUGGCACCAGGCACCUUCCAUGGACUGGCCAGGCUGAAUUUUCUGUGCAUGUCUCAUAACCAAAUCUCUCUGCUCAGCCCCGCAGCCUUCCACAACACCAGCACUCUACACCACCUUGACCUCUCAUCCAACAGACUGCAGAUGGUGGGGAGACACCCUUUCCAAGACCUGCUGGGGUUGGAAGAAUUACUACUCUACAACAACCGCAUCACGCAUGUGGAGAGCAAUGCUCUAAUGGGACUGAGCAACCUCAAGAAGGUUUACCUGAGCCUCAACCAGAUUACAGACUUCCCCUUUUUCUCCUUCCGUAAUCACAGCCAUCCUAAGCUGGUCACUCUGGACCUCUCCUCUAACCGCAUAUCACGACUACCUCUGGACGAUAUUGUUCUGUUGCCUUUGACUGUACAGAGAGGCUUGUUCAUCCAUAAUAACAGCUUGGAAUGCGACUGUUCCACAUAUCGCAUGUUUUGGCACUGGGAGAAGGAGGGUUAUGAAGCUGUGAGAGAUUUUAAGGAUGAAUAUUCAUGCCGGAUGUUUGGAGAACCACUCAUCUCCAUCAACUUCCUCAACAGCCCUUGCAUUUUUGAAAACUGUACUACUGAAAAGACGAUUUCUUUAAUCUCCCCCAAGGCUGACAUGAUAGUCUAUGAGGGGGAUCAAGUCAGACUAGAUUGUACUGGUACACUCAGUAAUGUGGUUCUCUCUUACUCUUGGGUUAUUCCUCACCAACAUAACAUGACUUAUUUGAUUCAGAAUGGUACUCUGCGGCUGAACAAAGAUGGUAGUCUGGAGAUCCUAUCUGUCCAGCUGAGGGACUCUGGAAUCUACCGCUGCCUAACUGUGGACACGGUCAGGAUGAUUAACGAAACCCGUGAGGUGAACCUAACUGUAGGUCCUCAGCGUUUGCGAACAGAGCCUUUCAGCACAGGAUACACCACCCUGCUGAGUUGCACCAUCACUCUCUCGCUCAUACUCGUGUAUCUUUAUUUAACCCCUUGUCGCUGUGGCUGCUGCAGAGCCCCACCGACCUCACCAACAAUCUCUAACUUUGGGGAGGACCACCAGUCUCUGGCAUUCAUAUUUGGGGUUUCCCCAACUGCAAGCCAGAAGGUGAUGGAUAAGUCCAACCCUGAUAAGCAUUUGGUGUUCCUUGAGCCGCUCGUGGAAGAAACAAAUGGGCACCUUGCAACAGAUUUGAAAGCUGACUAA